GAACUGGCUCUGCCGUAAACUGCCCUCAGCGUGACGACUUCGAUGGCAAAUGUUCUUCAGUUGUUUCUAACCUGACCUGAAAUGGCACUGAAUCUGAUUUCGUCCUAUGACAGCGAUGAUGACACUGACAGUAUUGGAAGUGAACCAGUGGAUAAGUCGACCACGGAUACCGUCAAGCCAGAAGAAGCGCUCUCGUCGGAGAAGAAAUCAUCGUUCUUUUUUGGUGGUGAAGAAUCUGGCAGCAGUGAUGACGAUGGGGAUAAUCAGUCGAAAAAUAUUUCGGAACCCUCUGAAAAGCCCAAUUCAGGCACCCGUCGCCUACCAAGUGCGAUGUCCGUACUGAAAGGCAAACAUGCGGGUUCUAGCGUGUUUUCAAGUGAGCGUGAACAAGAAGAUCUCGCACAGCAAUUUACCCUCAGUCAGCAUGUGCCGUUGACUGAGAAAGUUGAAACAAAGAAAAAGCCUGUUUGCCGUGCUUUUCAACGUGGCGAAUGCAGACGGGGGAAUAAAUGUCGAUUUGCGCAUCCAACAGCUCCUCAAGUUCCUAGAGAUGCGGCUACAAUGGCGGAUGCUCCCAGAAUGUACAAUGCCGAUGAUAUAUUUGCCAAAAAAGCUAAAAUUGCCUAGUCUUGUUCUGUAA